AUGCACGAGCAGACUUUCACGAGCUACGAGGACCAAUUAGCCCACACCCAUUCACGGAAGAGCAGCGACGCAUUCCUUGCCUUGAGCUCUGGACCAACACCUGGAUCAUCGCAUUCGGGCGGCGGCGGCAGAGCACCAUCCUUCAGCUUGGGCCCGCUGCACGAUCCGUACGGCAUGCGGGAGGAGGCUUAUCAGACAGGUUACGGAUACAGAUCGGGCGACGGAUCCAGCGUAGCAUCCUCGCUCGUCCCUCAGGGUGUUGCUGCCUCCUCUUCUGGGUCCUACCGACACGCCACAGGAUCUGGCGCUCCCGACCCGCACGACGGACUCAUGACACCACAGUCGGAGAGAACCGGAGAACGGGACUACUUGAAUACGCCAGAGGAAAUUCAUUAUAUGCAGGUCUUCAUCGAGGACGUGGCGAUAUGGAUGGACAGCCUAGACAACCAGAAGCAUUUUGGCCGCAUUAUCCCAUACCUGGCGCUGAAAUCGCCCAUGCUGCUCAAUGCCUUCUUUGCCUGCGGUGUGAAGCACCUGACUCUGGUGGACGGUGGCAGCUACAAGGACGACAGGGCGUUGUAUUACUACGAUACUGCGACGACACAGCUCCUCAGAAGUCUGCAAAAUCCGGAGCGCGACACGGAGGAGUGCGCGACCACUGCAGUGGUGCUGAACGUGUACGAAAUCAUGAGUGAACGGCCAGCAGCCAGGAUGAAUCACAUCGCCGGGGCAAGAGCUUUGAUUCGCGAAUGCAAGUGGAACGCUAAGAGCACGGGGAUCGGAGCCGCAUGUUUCUGGCUCAAUGUUGGAAUGGAGAUUCUGAGUUGCCUAGGAUCCAACUGGGAAUUAGCAUGGGACCCGGACCACUGGGGCAUUGAUCCAAACGAAUUGAUGAACAUGACCCCCGACCCGCCAGGCCGCGAGGGCAAGACGUCGAAUACGAGCGAAACCGGCCAUCAUAUGACAGCGGCAGCAGCCGAGGAGUUACCGUUUUUUUUAAGCAGCAUUGCUGGAGUUGGGAACGAGGAGAUCUGGGUUCACAGGAUACUGUACAUUGUGGCCAAGGUAGCCAAUUUCAGGGCGAGCAUACCACAGCUCCACGAGCCGAAUCCGAAUCCGCAUGACGAACAGGUCAAGCUGCAGGGCCGCUUUCAGGAAUGGCAGCAAUUGAAGCAUUGGUGCGAUACAUGGAAUGCCAAUUGUCCAAGGUCGUUGAGGCCGUAUGGUUAUCUCUUUGCGGCCUCGACAAAGUCGGCAUUCCCAAAUGUCUGGCUCAUCAAGCGCGUCGCCAUUGUCGGCCGCCUGUUCUACCACACUGCAAUGUGCCUCCUCGCCCAGAUCAACCCACUGAGGCCUCCCCAUCACGACGACGAGGAGUCAAGAAUCCAGCAGCUCCACCAUGCCCAUCAAGUCUGCGGAAUCAUUGCGCACACCAAGGACGCUGGGAAGAACGAGGUCCUGGCAAUGGUGAACCGGAUCUACCGCAUGACGGGGUGGAAUCUCAAAGGAAUAAUAGGAGAGCUUCGGAGGGCAUGGGCCUGGGACCCGCCAGAUGUGCCGCCCAGCACGGCGACUUCGACAGGCCAGUCCCUACCAUCGCAUAUUACCUCCGCGCCUGUCAUCGCCCCUGUCGCACAGGGCGGAACGCUGGGAGCAGCGGCGGUGAUCAGCCAGCUCUUCGGGCCGCGCGACUCGUCGGCGCAGUCCGCGAUGCAGCAGCAACAGCAGGAUGACGGCCGGCGCACGUCGCAACCGCCCCUCCCACCGGUCUUGCCCUCCGCGGCGGUGGCAGCAGCAGCAGAGCGCCACCGCCUCGCCUCCCUCACGAGCAACCCGCCGCCGCCCGUGCUCCCGUCGUACUCGAUGUUCUCGGCGGCGUCCGCCAACACGGCAAGCGGAGGCGGCGCGAGGCACGGCAGCAUCACGAGCAGCAACCACCCCAGCCCCGGCCGGCACGGCGCACACGCCCGCGUCGGUUUCGAGCACCGCGGCCAACGCGCCGACGCCGCCGUCGCGGCCGAUGGUCAACCCGCUGCUCGCGCAGGCGGACUUCAACCAGCCGAACCACCCGUACCGGGAGUGGUACAAGCCGCCUGA